CAAACAGUAAUGACAGUAAUGCACUUUAUCGGUGUUUUUUGUGAAAAGUGAUGGGAAAAUUAAUAUUUUUUAAAGAAAAUGAGAGAAAACAAGCCUCGUUCAAUAACAUUGCUCCAUGGUGGGGAUAUGGUAAAUGACAGAUCAGAAAGAGUGAGAACGCAGUAGCCAGAAAGAUGGCUGUGAUGGUUGGCUCGACAAAUGACAGUGGGCUUUUUAUUUUUCUUUUACCUUGAGUGAUGUUUGAUUAGUGUUAAUUUUUUAUUGUGUUCUUUAGUAAAAAACAGACAUUUUAAGAUGAUAUCUUCAAUAAUAUCAAGAUUAGUCAUAUUACUCUUCGGAACGUUGUACCCCGCUUAUGCUUCAUACAAGGCUGUGAAAACGAAAAAUGUUAAAGAAUAUGUCAAAUGGAUGAUGUACUGGAUAGUUUUCGCGCUUUUCACUUGCGCUGAAACCUUCACCGAUGUUUUUUUCAGUUGGUUACCAUUUUACUAUGAAAUUAAAAUAAUUUUAGUCAUUUGGUUACUGUCUCCUGCUACUAAAGGCUCAAGUAUACUGUAUCGAAAGUUUGUUCACCCUGCUUUGAGUAGCAGGGAACAGGAAAUCGACGAGUAUAUUUCCAAAGCCAAAGAACAAAGCUAUAAGCAAUUCCUCGAUUUGGGUUCUAAGGGUGUCUCAGCCUUGAUGCAAACUGCUCUGAAGGGGGGCGGCGGCUUGGUGAACCAAUUGCGUAAAAGCUACAGUCUGAGUGAUUUGAGUGAUAGUCAUGACAUGGGUGACGGUCAUGACACCACCGAGGUGGUGAUCACGGACCCUCGCUUGUUGCGCCGUCGCCGGAGCCCCUUGUACUUCCCCGAAGUGGACCCCCGGAUCCAGCAUGUGGAGGACAUCAGCUCGGGGUACUCCAGCAGCGAGGGGCUACUCCCGAAGCCUUUAACUCGCACCGGGUCCAUCACCAGGACGCGCCCCACGCGAGUGACACGCUCCACGGGGCUCAAGAAACCGUCACUGAGUGAAGAAAGCGUGAUUUUCCUCAACGAUAAAGCUCGAUCGCUGCAAGAUCUCUCAAACGAAUCAAGUGAGGAGGAUGAGUUUUUCGAUUCGUUGCAUGAGUCAAUUGUUGCAUGCGAUCGUAAGGGGAAGUACCACAAAAAGGCGGCGCCUCAGCCGCCGCCGAUCAAAGCAACGCUGGUUUUGAAACCAGGAGUGGUGAAACCGUUGGAAUGUAAGGAAGUGUUUGUGCAAGAAUCUAAACCAAAACGUCGCACGAUUAUUAACCGGUCUUUGUCGGUUUCCAAAGGGAAAUUCGACUCUUUGACUCUGUCUAAACUAAUCAAUUUUCCUAAAACGAUCAGAGAUUCGCUUGAGAAAAGUGGGAAACUGCACAGAAUGCAAUCGAGGAGUGAGGACGAUUUGAGAGUGGCUCGGAGAAGGUUGAAGAUUGAAACGUUACAAGGAUACUCCAAGCGCAACGUUGCCUCGCACGAAAUGGACGACUAAGAAGAAGACUAUUUAAGACUUGUGAUUUGGUUUGUUAUUCUAUUAGGUAUAUUUUAUGUAAAACAUUGCUUUUUAGACAAUUUUAUUAAAGAAAUUCCUAUAUUAACACUCAGAGUUGUUUAGAAACUAAACGCGUGUUGGUGAUAUUUAUUAUGAUCUUUAGGUUAAAUUAUUUAUUAAAAUGCAUGAUCCUAGCCGAUUUUAUAUUAAGUUUGUAUUAAAUACACACGUAAUGAAUGAAAUAAAGUGGUUGUUGUUUGCUUA